CUCAACCCCUGUGCCCCGGAGCAGACACGUCAGGCGCCACGAUGUGGACCGGCUGCCUCACUCCGCGCCUGUUCCUUUGGGUGGCCGUGGCCACUCUGCGGGUGCUCGGCCAGCGGAAGAUGGGAAGCCCCCCGUCAGCAUCCGGGAGAGGGGACCCUCAGGGCUCCCCCUGCCCCGUGGAUGUGCUCUUCAUCGUGGACAGUUCAGAGAGCUCCAAGAUGGGCCUCUUCGACAAACAGAAAGAGCUUGUCAAGGCUCUCAGCGACAGGAUUGGCCGGGGGCCGCCGGGCCCCGACCCCCGCGACGUCCGACUGGCCGCCCUGCAGUUCAGCAGCUCCGUCCAGAUCGAGCAGCCCUUCGCCUCCUGGAGAGACCUGCCGAGCUUCCAGCGGGGGAUCGGCUCGAUGGCCCUCAUGGGCCAGGGCACCUUCUCCUACUAUGCCAUCUCCAACGCCUCGCGCCUCUUCCAGCAGGAAGGCCGCCCAGGGGGCGCGCAGGCAGCUGUGCUCAUGACCGACGGCAGCGACCACCCCCGGAGCCCCGACGUCCGGGGCGUUUCCGAGGCUGCCCGGAGCCUGGGCGUCUCCCUGGUCCCCGUGGGCCUCUCGCGGGCGGCUGACGCAGCCAAGCUCCGGCUGAUCUCGGGCGAGUCCCCUGGCCGGCCCCUCCCACUGCUGAGCGACCCCGACGUGAUUGAGAACGUACAGCAGGAGCUGGAAGCCCUUUUUGAUGAGAAGUGCAGCCAGAAGGCCUGCGAGUGCGAGAAGGGGGAUCCCGGGGAGCCGGGAGCUCCGGGUGCUCAUGGCUAUCCGGGCAGCAAAGGAGAGCAGGGGCCCAAAGGGCAGCCGGGGGAUGCCCAGAAAGGGGAGCCCGGAGACAAAGGCCCCGAGGGAGAUCCUGGCUACAAAGGGGACAAGGGGGAGCGAGGAGAGUGCGGCACGCCAGGGACAAAAGGAGACAAGGGACCACCAGGCCUCCACGGCCCCAAGGGCCCCCGGGGAACUCAGGGCAUCGGAGGCCCGCCGGGAGAACCGGGACCCAGAGGCUUUCAAGGCAACAAGGGCGAGCCGGGGCCUCCUGGCCCCUACGGUCCUCCGGGCCCCCCCGGCAUCGGCCAGCAGGGGCUCAAGGGAGAAAGAGGGCAAGAAGGCCGGACUGGAGCCCCCGGGCCCAUCGGCAUGGGUGAGCCAGGACAAACGGGUCCCCGGGGUCCUGAAGGAGCCCCAGGAGAGAGGGGCAUGCCUGGAGAAGGAGUUCCUGGGCCCAAGGGUGAAAAAGGUUCUGCCGGGCCCAGUGGCCCCCAGGGACUGCAGGGUCUGUCCAUCAAAGGGGACAAGGGAGACUUGGGACCCGUGGGACCUCAAGGGCUGAGGGGCCGGGACUGGACUACAAUCCUACGUCCUCCCUUUCCAUGUCUACCCCUCCCGGCCCGCGGAAUCAGGGGCCGCAUGGCCUCCGGGGACCCCCUGCAGAGCUUGGGGACCUUUGUCCAGGAGGGUUUUUGGUUUCCUCCCACUCAGGGCGAGCCCGGCAUCAUGGGGCCCUUCGGCAUGCCCGGGGCAUCGCUCCAGGGGCCUCCGGGGCCAAAGGGAGACCGAGGGGAGCUGGGCAGGCCAGGCUUCAAAGGAGAACCCGGACUCUCCGUGCGAGGCCCCAAGGGUGCCCAGGGUUCUCCAGGACCGGAGGGGGCUCCGGGCCCCAAAGGCGAUGGAUAUCCUGGAGCAGCUGGACCUCGAGGGCUCCCAGGACCUCCUGGGCCUACGGGCUUACGGGGACUAGGAGAUACCGGCGCAAAGGGAGAGCCGGGCAUGAGAGGCCCUCCCGGACCCUCAGGACCUCGGGGCACAGGGAUCCAGGGAGCCAAGGGAGCCAUGGGACAAAAAGGCGUGCCGGGCCCCCCAGGCCCCCCCGGCUAUGGCACACAAGGCGUAAAGGGGGAGCAGGGCCCCCAGGGCCCUCCAGGGCAGAAGGGCAGCAUGGGCCGUGGCCUGCCCGGCCCAAAGGGCCAGCCCGGCAACCUUGGGGAUGCGGGGAAGAAAGGAGACAAGGGAGACGUCGGGGAGCCCGGAGCCCCAGGAAUCCAGGGGCUGCCGGGACCCAAGGGGGACCCCGGACUCACCAGAGAAGAGAUUAUCAGGCUGAUUGUUGACAUAUGUGGUGAGAUUUGUGGGGGACAGGGAGGAGCUGUUGGGGCAGUCGGGGUGCCGUGCCCCGUGGGGGGGGACAGGGGUGGGGGCCAAGGCGGGCCCAGCCUGCGGGCCCUGGCCCCCUGGUCCCGGCCCCCCCACAGCCCCCAGUCCACGGCCCCUUGGUCCACGGGCCCCCAGCCAGGCCCCCCAGUCCCCGGCCCCCAGUCUCACGGCUCCCCGGUCUCACGGCCCCGGUCCACGGCCCCGGGUCCCCACGGCCCCCAUCCACGGCCCCGGCCUGCAGGGGCGGGGCAGGAGCCCCUGAGUGGGGGAUCCCCCGAAAGGGGGACCCACCAACCAGCUUCAAGACUUUGUGGGGUUGGUGGAGCGGUGUCGGUGGCCCCACCGCCCGGUUGGGGGCCUAUCAACACGCCCCGGGAGGGGUCGAGCUGGGCAGCUUCCCGGGGGGGCGCCUGGGGGGCCCUGGCCCUGCAGACCCGGGCAGGGCACCCCACGGCCGGCCCGCGCCGCCCACGCCAUGCCGGCCGCCCGGGCCCGCGGGAAGGGGUCCGGAUCACCGCGGCAGGCGGACGCCCGACGAGGCCGCCUGGAGGGGUAGGGCGGGCGGCGGCGGCCGGGCCGGAGCUCUUUCGGGAUCGGGCGGGCCGGCCUGGACCCCCGAUUCCGGUCUUCCGCCGGGAGAUGGACCUGAUCGCCUCGGACCCCGACAGCGAGCACGUCUACCUGAUCGACGACUUCCUGACCCUGCCGACCCUGGAGGACAAACUGUUCCAAAAAAUCUGUGAGGACGUCGACUCCUACGUGGACCAACUUCUCGAGUCCCCGGCCCUUCAUCGCGGCUCCGGGCCCACUCCCACCGCCGCGCCGGACACGAAGAGCACAGAGGCCGAGAGCACGGAGGCGCUUGGUCCUCCAGGAGCCCAGGACAAAGGACCCGGACUUUUUCCGUCCCAAAGCAGUCGAGUCUCCACAGUGGCGACAACAAGUGAGAUGCCUGUGGACCACAGGCCGUCGCCGGGCCCCCCGGCCGGCGGGGGGACGCGGGAGCAGGGCGCAGUCGGCCCGCAGCCCACCGCCGGGACUGCACGCCGAGAUCCCCGGUGCCUGGAAGCCCUGAGGCCGGGGGACUGCGGGGAGUACGUGGUCCGCUGGUACUACGACCGCGAGGUGGACGCGUGCGCCCGCUUCUGGUACAGCGGCUGCGGCGGCACCGGCAACCGCUUCCACAGCGAGCGGGAGUGUCGCGGAGCCUGCGUGCGCGGAGCUUUCUGAAGGGGACGUGGGGCGGCCGUGGGGGCUCCCCCCACCCUCCGAGGGCCAUGGCCACCGCGGCCACACCGGGGACAGUUACCGGAAACACCGUGAAGCCUCAUUCUGGACGCGCCGCCCGCUCUGGGAGGCACCUUUGGGCUGGGGAGGCGGCGGGGGACCAAGAGCCGACCCCCGUUCUCUCUCCCCACCAGCCGGGCAGAGGGCAGAGGCUCACAGCCUGCAGAGUCUGUGUCCAAAGAGCCUCCCUCUGUGCUUACAGUGGGGGUGGGGGGAGGGAGGGAGAGAGGGAGGUAUCUGAGCUGUCAAUCAGCACCCCCAGCCCGUGUGACCCUCCCACCCUAUUAUCUGCCCUGGCCUGGAGGCUCUGGGGUGGAAGCUCCCUCAGGCUGGCAGGCCCCCGAGUAACGGGAGGGCGACCCCCCUCCCUGGUGCUGGAUCCCCUCCCAACCUCCUCCUAAAGGUCCCCAUGGCUUCUGCUUUGAUGGACUCCUGCGUGUGAGCAUUAAAUGCCUAUUCACUGGCCGGGACUACUGACUCUUCCCUUUUUGCCUGUAUCCCAUCACCUGGCAGGCUACAGAGCAUUCAGUAGGUGCUUACUUAAUGCUCAGGAAAUUGA